GCACGUCAAGUUGGAAGUUGGGGAGAGUUAUUGGAUAGUGGUUGUCGUGAAAGUGGGAAAUAAAAGACAAAACAGAAAUAAAUUCAGAAAGUUAAUUGUCAUUUAGCCAUUCAUGAAUACCUAUGAAUACAACCGAACGAAACAGCGUUAACAACAGGAAUUCUGCAGAUGCUGGAAAUUCAAGCAACAUACAUCAAAGUUGCUGGUGAACGCAGCAGGCCAAGCAGCAUCUAUAGGAAGAGGCGCAGUCGACGUUUCAGGCCGAGACCCUUCGUCAGGACUAACUGAAGGAAGACGUGGCAUGCGAUGACGUCACCUCCGGUUUCGCUGCGUCUUGUGUGUAACUUCCGGUUCGGGAAGGUGUGAAGGUGGGUGCCAUGCAUGCGGCAUGAUCAUGAAGAGCUCCGUGUCUACCCACAAACAAACAUUACAGAAGCAACGCCUUUUCAUCAUACGAUGCUAAUGUGGAAGAGUGAAUGGUGAAGAAGUUGCAGAGACAGGCAAUGGAACUAAGAAAUUGAUCUCACUCUUUUUGAGGCUGUGGAAACCUCUCAGCUAGUCUGCCAAUGUUGCUGACAAUUGGGUCCCAGUUGGCCAUCUGAUUGGUGAACUCUUAUCUACACAUUUGGAUGUAAUGUUUCUUAUUUAUGGUAUAAGAAAGAGUUGAACACAAAACUUUGCCACCUUUAUUCUUUUACUCUUUGCUUCUCCUUUCCCUUCUCCUACUACAACUACUGUCAGUUUCUAUCAGCACUUAAUCAAACGAUCAUGAAGUAACACAUUUUAUGCCUCAUUCUUGACUUACAAAAGAAUUUUGGAUAAAAAGCAUCAGAAUCCAACACCCUAGAAUCCUUUGUUUGCAUCUUUACCUUGUCUUGGUAAACAAAUGGCUUUUCUAAGAGAUUUCAUACCUAGGUUGACUGCACACUAUCUGUACAUUAUCUUGCAAAGUACAAAGUCAAUUUAUUAUCAAAGUAUAUAUAUGUCAUCAUAUGCAAUCCUUGCCUUGUCACAACAUAGUAUCUUGCAAAAUGAUGGUUGCCUUUCUCUAUUCUGAAGUGUAUGCACUACCACUUCUCCCAUCUCUCCCUCCACUCAAUGCUCCAUCACACAACGCACCUUCCCCAUGUGGUGCAGCAGAUGAUCUGGUAUUUCUGCAAUAGGAGAGUGUCACAGAAAAUACUGGAAGGAGGAACACUAUUACAGCAAACAGCUGGAGGGUCAGAUCCUCGUUCAGACGCAGAGAUGGCUGGACAGCGUGCACAGCUUGCAGGCAAUCUGGUAGGUCGGAGCUGUGACUGAGUAUAGGUUUCAGCAAGGCAUUUGAUAAGGUACCCCAUGAAAGGCUUAUUGAGAAAGUAAGGAGGCAUGGGAUCCAAGAGGACAUUGCUUUGUGGAUCCAGAACCGGCUUGCCCACAAAAGGCAAAGAGUGAUUGGAGAUGGGUCAUAUUCUGCAUGGAGUUCGGUGACCAGUGGUGUGCCUCAGGGAUCUGUUCUGGGAUCCUUACUUUUCGUAUUUUUAUAAAUGACCUGGAUGAGGAAGUGGAGGGAUGGGUUAGUAAGUUUGCUGAUGACACAAAGGUUGGGGGUGUUGAGGAUAGUGUGGAGGGCUGUCAGAGGUUACAGCGGGACAUUGAUAGGAUGCAAAACUGGGCUGAGAAGUGGCAGAUGGAGUUCAACCCAGUUAAGUGUGAAGUGGUUCAUUUUGGUAGGUCAAAUAUGAUGACAGAAUAUUUUAUUAGUGGUAAGAUUCUUGGCAGUGUGGAGGAUCAGAGGGAUCUUGGGGUCCGAGUCCAUAGGACGUUCAAUACAGCUGCGCAGGUUGACUCUGUGGUUAAGAUGGCCUUCAUCAAUUGUGGAAGUGAACUUAGGAGCCGAGAGGUAAUAUUGCAGCUAUAUAGGACCCUGGUCAGACCCCACUUGGAGUACUGUGCUGAGUUCUGGUCGCCUCGCCACAGGAACGAUGUGGAAACCAUAGAAAGGGUGCAGAGAAGAUUUACAAGGAUGUUGCCUGGAUUGGGGAGCAUACCUUAUGAAAACAGGUUGAGUGAACUUGGCCUUUUCUCCUUGGAGCUUCGGAGGAUGAGAGGUGAUCUGAUAAAGGUGUGUAAGAUGAUGAGAGGCAUUGAUCUUGUGGAUAGUCAGAGGCUUUCUCCCAGGGCUGAAAUGGCUGCCACAAGAGGGCACAGGUUUAAGGUACUUGGGACUAGGUACAGAGGAUAUGUCAGGGGUUGUAUGGAAGACCAGCAGUUGCCCAUGCUGCAAGUCUCCCCUCUCCACGACACCAAUGUUGUCCAAGGGAAGGGCAUCAAUAUUGUCCAAGGGACCCAUACAGCUUGGCACCAGUGUCGUUGCAGAGCAAUGUGUGAUUAAGUGUCUUGCUCAAGGACACAACACAUUCCCUCAGCUGGGGCUUGAACUGACGACCUUCAGGUAGCUGGUCCAAUGCCUUAACCACUUGGCCAUGUGCCCACACUGAUGUAUUUCAGAUACUGUACAUAUAUAUCAUAUAAUCAUAUUUGUCACAAAUCUCCACAUAAUAUUUAUCUGAGGUGUACUCUUAUAGAAAGGAGAGGCAAGAAAGAACAAUCGAAAGAAGAAAACUAUGUACAGAGUAGGGAGUGAUCUUUUUUUUAAACAACAUAUUCGUUGAUUUGUGAGAAUAAAAUCAGGCCUAUGAGGUGUUAUGUAGUUAAACCAUUUUUUCCAGUAUGAAUAAAAUUGUUC